CUGUGGGCCGGUGGUGGUGGGAGACACUGUUGUCAGGGCAUCCCGGGGCCCACGGGUUAAUUCCCCGUACCCCCUAACUAUGGAGCUCGGGAACCGAGACUUCAGCUGCAUCCAACCAGGUUCUGCCCUCCUCUCUGCGUGACUUCGGCUGUUCUAGAAGGCCAGGAAGAGGGGUUCUCCUUUUGGAGAACCUAGGUCCAUGGCUGCCAUGCGUAUGGAUCCUGAGUUGGCCAAGCACCUCUUCUUUGAAGGGGCCAUUGUAGUCAUUCUGAACAUGCCCAAGGGGACUGAGUUUGGCAUUGACUACAACUCCUGGGAGGUGGGGCCCAAGUUUCGGGGCGUGAAGAUGAUCCCACCAGGCAUCCACUUCCUCCACUAUAGCUCUGUGGACAAAUCCAAUCCCAGGGAGGUGGGCCCUCGGAUGGGCUUCUUCCUUAGCCUGCAGCAGCGGGGGCUGACUGUCCUGCACUGGAAUGCAGUCCGGGAAGAAAUAGACUUGUCGCCAGCUCCAGAAGCUGAAGUUGAAGCCAUGAGGGCCAAUCUCCCAGAGCUGGACCAGUUUCUGGGACCUUACCCAUAUGGCACACUCAAGAAAUGGAUCUCACUCACUAACUUCAUCAGCGAAGCUACAAUGGAGAAGCUCCAGCCUGAGAGCCGGCAGAUCUGUGCCUUCUCAGAUGUGCUACCUGUACUUUCCAUGAAGCACACCAAGGACCGGCUAGAACAGAAUCUCCCUCGCUGUGGCACUGAAUGUAAAAGCUACCAAGAAGGCCUGGCCCGCCUGCCUGAGAUGAAGCCCAGAGCCGGGACAGAGAUCCGCUUCUCAGAGCUGCCCACACAGAUGUUCCCAGCAGGUGCCACACCAGCAGAGAUAACAAGGCACAGCAUGGACCUGAGCUAUGCCCUGGAGACUGUACUCAGCAAGCAGUUCCCCAGCAGCCCCCAGGAUGUGCUUGGUGAACUUCAGUUUGCCUUUGUGUGCUUCCUCCUGGGCAAUGUGUAUGAGGCAUUUGAGCACUGGAAGCGGCUCUUGAACCUCCUGUGCCGCUCAGAAGCAGCCAUGGUGAAGCACCACACCCUGUACAUCAACCUCAUCUCCAUCCUGUAUCACCAGCUGGGUGAGAUACCUGCUGACUUCUUUGUGGACAUUGUCUCCCAAGACAACUUCCUCACCAGCACCUUGCAGGUUUUCUUUUCCUCUGCCUGCAGCAUUGCUGUGGAUGCCACCUUGAAGAAGAAAGCUGAAAAGUUCCAAGCCCACCUCACCAAGAAGUUCCAGUGGGACUUUGCCUCAGAGCCUGAGGACUGUGCCCCAGUGGUGGUAGAGCUCCCUGAGGGUGUUGAGACUGGCUAACUUCUGGAAAUUCUCUAGCCAUGAGAGGCCCCUUUCCACAAGUCUGCAGCCCCAGUCUCCACUCACUCCAUCCUUUUCUGGGACCCUCGAGGACCACAAUCCUGCAGUUUCUGCAAAGAUGGAACCAGAAUUCCCUCUUUCAUUAGUAAAUAAGUUCCUGUAUUGCCAAAGAGUCUGUACUUGUCUUAAAAGUGCAUUCAUGCAUUCUCUGUCAGGUCAGCCCUGGUGCUAACCUCACUGAAUUUCAGACAGAGGCCCUUACAGAAGCUCCAGGUGAGACCUGCUCCACCAGCAGCCUAAUUUCUUCUGACGAGAAGAAAUUGAAUCCUAAGUCCAAGAGAAUUUGUUGGUUUUUCCAUAGAAUGAUUAGGAAAAACAAGCCCUGAACUGCCCCAGAGUCUGAGACAUUAGUUGGUGUUUUUGUUUUGAGUUAAACGUAGGGCCAUUGUGGGCCAAAACAGAAUUUCUGUCUGCCCUGGUGGAACAGGAGUCCAUGUCAGAAAAUGGGCCAGUGGGCCCUUGGGAGCCCAGACUGGGAGGGGUAAUGAGGACAAGUGGGUUGAGACUGACAAGUGGUCAGCUUUGGCUUUCCUCCUCUAAAUUCUGUUCUGACCAGAGGCCCCAGUAAGCAAACUCCCAGAACUGAUACGUUCCCACCCUUGGGCCUGCUGGUGCUGUUACCCCUCAUGUGUUCCACCUGAGGCCUCACACCCAGAAGUAGGACUUGGCAGCUGUGACUAUGUCUGAUGACCUGGAGAAUUGACAGUAAGAAGAGUUCUUGCCCCAAGCAGGCUUCUUGGGUCUUGUUGGGUUUCUGUGCCUUUUCUUUGAAGCCAUGGAGAUGACGUGGUCAACCUAAAUCUUCCCCAUCCUGUCCGUCAUCAGAGUUCUGACACCUUUGGUUUCCUGGGAGUCCUGAGCACCUGCCCAUCAUGCCGUGUGGGCAGAGUUCCAUCUCUAGACGGUGCACAGGUCUUCCACCCUGGCCGCAGACUGUGGUACUGUUAAAUCCUGGUGCCAUCCUCCUGCAAGGCUGGGGCUCACAGCAGGUUUCCAGGUGAGAAUCCCCUUGGUUAAGACUUCAGCUUCCUCUUGUUUCUUUGUAGAUGUUUUUCAGACAACAUAAUGUUCAUUAAAGUCUUUGAGUGGAGACUAAUCCCUUGUGUGAGUCUUACACUUAAUCUGCCCAGUGCCC